UUAAUCCUGGAAAUGUAGAGGAGUUUGAGACUAGGAUUAAAGGAAAACAACUAAUAUCGGGAUUCGGGAUUUCAAAUGUCACUGACUCUAUUAUGCAUAUUCCGACAAGUAAUUAUCAUUUCAUGGGAACUUCACCUGCAAUGUCCAAUGAAAAAUAUAGAAAGCCUUAUACUCGAAAAUUGGAAGACGUUUCUAAUGCUGUGGACUAUAUGCACGAUUCUGACAUUUACUUGACAAAACUGGAAGCAAAAAGUCUUCAACCAUCCAAUUGUUCUAGCUUAGGUGAAUGUUCAAAUUAUUUACAAGAACAUUCAACUCCGAAUAAACUUGAUUAUUCCAUUCCAUUUAUUCUUCCACCAGGUGUGGUAGGACCGUCAAUAUUACUAUUUGAGGAGAAUCCUAUUUUGAAAUCAUCUUUAUCAUCAAAGGAUCCGAUGGUAAAAUAUUUAUCAAACGCGUUAAUUAAAAUAAUUGACCAUGCUUUUGAAAAUGAUAAUAAUUGGGUAAUAAGAAGAUUAGAGUGGAUUGAAACGAUUAAUAUUAUUAAAAAAGCAUUAGCAAAACACGAAAAUGAUAAAAUUACAUUAACUCAACAAAUCAAGACAUUAAU